UGAUAGGAAGAGGCAUUCCAGUCUAUCAAAUGUCGAUUCAUUCACAAUAAUAAUAAUAAUAAUAAUAGUAAUAUCAAUGUUGAUGAUAUCGUUUCCUCAUUCCAUCACAUGCUCCAAAUUUCUCCAACCCCGCCCAUUCUCCAAUUUAACCACAUUUUAGCUUCCCUUGUUAAGAUCAACCAUUACCCUACCGCUAUUUCUCUUUUUCGUCAAUUAGAAUUCAAUGGAAUUAAACCAUCUAUCGUCACUCUCACUAUUUUGAUGAAUUGUUACUGCCACACCGGCGGAAUAACUUUUCUCUUUUCAAUACUCACCAAAAUUCUCAAGAUGGGUUACGAGCCCAAUUCCAUAACAUUCACUACCCUUAUCAAAGGCAUGUGUCUUAACGGUCAAGCUUACGAGGCUCUACUUUUCCACGACCAUGUGGUUGCACAUGGAUUUAAGCUGGACCAAGUUAGUUACGCUAUCCUGAUGAAUGGGUUAUGUAAAAUGGGAGAAACAAGAGCAGCUAUGCAAAUGCUGAGAAAAACAUGGGUUAACGCUGACGUGGUAAUGUAUAGCACAAUCAUUGAUAGUUUGUGUAAAGGAAAAUUUGUAACCGAUGCUUAUAGGUUAUAUUCUGAAAUGAUUGCCAAGGGGAUUUUUCCAAAUGUUUAUACUUUUAGCAUACUAGUUGACGCACUAUGCAAGGAUCGAAAGGGGAAACAAGCUAUGAAUUUGUUGGCUAUGAUGAUGAAAAAAGGUGUAAAACCGAAUGUUGUUACUUAUGGUGCUAUAAUGGAUGGAUAUUGCUUAGUUAAUCAAGUGAACAAGGCUUUAAAUAUAUUCAAUGUGAUGGUCCAGGAGGGAGUGGAGCCGAAUGUUUGGUGCUACAAUAUCAUUAUUAAUGGAUUGUGCAAGAAAAAAAGGGUGGAUGAAGCCAUGAAUCUCUUUAAAGAGAUGCAUUGGAAAAAGAUUAAUCCUGAUGUGGUAACUUACAAUAUCCUUAUUGAUGGUUUGUGCAAAUUAGGGAAAAUCUCAACUUCUUUGGAGCUUGUUGAUGAGAUGCGUAGUAUAGGGAAAACGGUCGAUAUAAUCACUUAUAAUUCUUUAUUGCAUGCUUUAUGCAAAAAUCAUCAUCUCGACCAGGCAAUUACAUUGGUUAAGGAAAUUAAAGACCAAGGUAUUCAGCCAAAUGUUUGCACAUAUACUACACUAAUUGAUGGACUAUGCAAAGAUGGAAGACUUGAGGAUGCAUAUGUGAUUUUUCAGGAGAUUUUAACUGAAGGCUAUCAUAUAACUGUUUGGACGUAUAAUGUUAUGAUAAAUGGGCUUUGUAAGAAGGGUUUGUUUGAUGAAGCACUUGCCUUGUUAUCAAGAAUGGAAGACAAUGCUUGCAUUCCUGAUGCUGUAAGUUAUGAAACAAUUAUUUAUGCUCUCUCUGAAAAAGGUGAGACAGUUAAGACAAAUAAACUUCUAUGUGCAAUGAUUGUGAGAGGUCUUUCUAAAAGAUUAAAAAAAAAAGUUAAGCUGUUGUUUAGUAACUAAUUGUUAUUUUAGAUUCAUUUUAAUAUUGUAUAAAAGAAAUAUAAGUUGAGGGACUCCAAGGUGUCUUAAAUUAUAUGUUCUCGUUCGUUAUUACAUUCAUUCUGUAACUACUUUUUAAAUUGCACAAGUUAACUUAUGCAGUUUUUACAUACUUUUUUAGCUCCAUAGAUUAGUAGAUCCUCACCUCUUUCUAUAGUGAAGUGUUGGCUUGUCAGGUUAGCAAGAAUUAAGCACACAAGAUACACAGAGGAAAUAGAAACUUUGGGGAUUACUAUUUUCAAUGAAUUUGGGUUUGUAUGUUUAUGUCCAAAUUAUAUGUAGUGGCAUAUAUUGUUAGAUGAAAUCUGUGUAUGUUUCACAUACAAUCUGUACUUUCUAUAAAAACAUUAUGAAAAAGAACCAGAAUUAUAAGAUGGCAGCACGUGACCUUAAUUUCAAUUGCAAGGGAAGGGAAGGACAGAGACAAUUACAGAUACAUGUGUCAACUCGUAUAGUUCAAGUUUCAUUGUCAUUACAAUAGAUUUUUAACAAAUUAUCAAUUGCCGUUCUUGUCAAAAUUGUUGGUUAUAAUUUAGUCUAAUUCUGUUAAUGAUGUUUUUUUUACGUUUAGCAUGACAACUAUUGCCGAUCUUAAUGACAAGUGGGCUGCAUAUGCGAGUCUGGAGGAUGGAAUGAUACACCCAAUUUUUUUAAUGUUGCUUAAAUGUUUAUCAAGCAAUUAGGGAUCUAAGAGUUUAAGCCUUUUCAUUUGUUUUAAUUUUGGUUAUUAAUAAGGGGUAACAAAUCAUUUCUGCUAUUAGGCUCACACACCAAUUAAUCAUGCCAAUUAUUUUUUUCUACCGUGUUACAUAUAAUUAUUUAUAAUUGUUAAGGUUCAGUUUGAGCUCUCCUUUUUUGCUCUGAAUCCCAAGUUAAAUGUUCUGGCUCCAUGGAGGGAGUGGAUAUUACAGGGAGAGAAGAUGCUAUUGAGUAUGCCAAGAAGCAUAACGUUCCGAUUCCUAUAACCAAAAAAUCCAUAUAUAGUAGGGAUAGGAACCUUUGGCACAUAAAUCAUGUCUCAUGAGGGUGAUGUUUUGGAAGAUUCAGCAAAUGAACCAAAAAAGGAUAUCUACAUGUUGACUGUAGACCCAGAGGACGCUCCAAAUCAACCAGACUAAGCAUGUUGUUAACAG